CUUGUGGGCUGGAGGCUGGGCGGAUACUGCUCUGGUCUCCCUCUGGCUGGGAUUCCCUGGGAAAGCUUAUAGUCGGACUCAGUGCAAACAAAACAUUGAAGCUGAUGGCACCAGGGACGGGAGUGUGCAAGAGGAUCGGGGGCUGCAAGUGAGCGCGGCGGAUGAGGAAUCGCCGAAGAGCGGCAGCGACUGCAGGCGGCCGGGCGACUUGGUAUUUCACUGCAGGCGGUUGGAUCGGCUCGGAUCAUGCCUCGGCCAUCCGUUGUAGACGUGAGGGUGCAAGACGUGCAGAAACGACGGAUCCCGAAUAAACAUUAUGUUUACAUCAUUCAAGUUAAUUGGUCCAAUGGUUCCACCGAAGUUAUCUACAGACGCUAUAGCAGGUUCUUCAAUCUGCAGAUGCAGCUGUUGGAUACAUUCCCAGUGGAGGGAGGCCAGAAGGAUCCCAAGCAGCGUUAUAUUCCUUUCCUGCCAGGUAAAAUCCUCUUCAGACGAAGUCACAUCAGGGAUGUUGCAGUGAGGCGACUGAAGCCAAUAGAUGAAUACUGCAGGGCCCUGAUUCGAUUACCGGCCCACAUCUCUCAGUGUGAUGAAGUCCUCCAGUUUUUUGAAACAAGACCCGAGGACUUAAACCCACCAAAAGAGGAACCAGUUGCAAAGAAGAAAUCUGGGCUUGCAAUAAUCCAGAGAACGGCAUCGUUUCUAAAGAGAGGUGGAGAUGGAACAUGCGCAGACCAGUUUUUCCUUGAUCAAUAUGUAGCAGUGACUAACUACGAGAAACAGGAAAGCACUGAGAUUAGUCUGUAUCAAGGCCAAGUCGUGGAAGUUAUAGAGAAAAAUGAAUCAGGGUGGUGGUUUGUCAGCACAGCUGAUGAGCAGGGAUGGGUUCCUGCCACGUGUCUGGAGCCCCAGGAUGAAGCUCAGGAUGACCUUUCAAUUGUUAGCGCCAAGCCAGGGGAAGAGGAGAACUUUGUGGUCAUUUAUCCAUAUACGGCAAGAGAUAAUGAUGAGAUUGAUUUGGAAAGAGGUGCAGUGGUGGAAGUCAUACAGAAGAACCUGGAAGGCUGGUGGAAAAUCAGGUAUCAGGAUCGGGAAGGCUGGGCUCCUGCUUCAUACUUGAAAAAGGCUUCAAAUGAUCCCUUGGGGCAGCAGACAUCUUCAGGGCAAUCUAUCCAUUCGAGUUCAUUGGACCUUGAUGGAAUUGGCAACCAACCAAACUCCACUAAAGAGAUCAGAGAGAUAGCAUCAAUAUUUGACCAAAAAGAAGAAAAAAAUGAAUACCGAGGAGCAGCAUGCAUUGAAUCAAAAGGCAAGUUACCAAAUAUGAGACAGAGGCCACCGCCACGCAGAGAUCUCACUGUGCCACGUGGAUUGAAUCUUCCCAAACCACCAACGCCUCCAGAAGUGGAAGAAGAGUUUUACACAAUAGCUGCUUUCCAGACAACAAUUCCAGAUGGUAUCAGCUUUCAAGCAGGACAAAAGGUUGAGGUAAUUGAAAAGAAUUUAAGUGGCUGGUGGUAUAUACAGAUAGAUGAUGAAGAAGGGUGGGCUCCAGCUUCUUUCAUUGAUAAAUACAAGAAAUCAAGUAAUGCUUCAAGGGCAAAUUUCCUGCUGCCUAUAGCACAAGAAUUGGCAAAGCUUAAACUUCCAGAUGCAGCCACAGGAAGCAGCACUAACAGAGACAGCGCCUUUAUAAACAAACCUUUGCCUAAAGAACCACCAUCAAACGAUUUUGACGUACUGAAGGAUCGGCGAGCAAGGGAUACAAGUAAGAGUCCAUCUUCUGACAAGUUCAACUCUCCAUCAAAUAUAGAAUGCCAGCCCAAGUCAUGUUCACCUUUAAAUAUAAUGAACAACGAUGCUUCCAAGUUUAACAAAGAGAAACCUGUCCUCCCACUCAAAAAAGAAUUAAUUAAUAGCAAAUUUGAGUUGGAGGUAGCAGAAAAACAACCAAGGGGGCUUUCACCCAGGAUCCCUGUACCAGGGGGUAUUUUACCAAUGUUGCCGCCAAAAAUGACAUCUAAAGGAGACAGGAAGCCAACUGCUGAAGCAAGUAAAAUAAUACAGCCGAAAGGACCUGAGGCAGGGCCUAAGGUAUUAGCAAGUGAAAUUGCCAGGCCAAAUCUUAGGCCUGUAGGAAGGCAAACAAAGAUAAAGUCUGAUGUAGAAGACAAAUUAGUGGAACCGUCUCCAAAUCUACCACUUAAGCCAAAACCUCUGCUGCGACCCAAGCCACUGCCCAUCAUAAAAGCGGAAAACCAUUCGGAAUCUGAAGUUGAUAUCUCUAACCUCAGAAGCAAGUUGAGAAGAGCAAAAUUGCCAGAAAAAAUGGGGGAGCUGGACUCUUCCCAGAAUGUUAUAAGCAAUCACAACUACUCAAAUAAUCAAGACUCAGGGGAUACACGUAACAACUCUCAUAGAAACACAGAAAAUGGACCUCAAGUGAAACAGAAUUUAGGAAUGAGCUCUAAAAUAAAUAAUUUGAAAGUGCAUUGUGGAGACCAAAAUGGUGUAAAUGAACAAAAUGAACUAAAUCAUAGGGAUAAUGCUGAUGAGAAAGCCUGUUUUUCCAAGGGCUUGAAGUCCAUUGAGAAGAAAAUAGAUGAUGUACAACUGAAAGGCCCACCUGUGGCAAGCAAAGAAGGUCCACCUCGCCCAAUUGUGCCACCUAGAAGGCCCCCACUGCCAAAGAAAACCUCUUCAGAACCUGCAGAAGUGAAAGCCCAGAAAGAUACUGCCUGGGGCCAAAAUAAACCUGCUUUACCUCCACCAAGAUUUAAAUUGGGCCCACCUCAGGAUUACAACAAAGAUGAUGUUAAACCUAAAGGAGGUUCAAAAGACUUCCCCCUGGCAAAAGGAACUGUUGCUUCCAAAAUUCACGAACCGAGAAAGGGGCCACUUAGUUCCCCAAAAGUGACAGAGAGACAGACUGAGAAAAAGAUGUCCAAAGAUGACGAAUCCUCAAGUCCAUCCCUAUUUGUAGCUCUUGCAGAUUUUGGAGGAGAUGAUGAGACAGCUGGAUUUAAGGAGGGAACUGUUUUUGAAGUAUUUGAAAAGAAUAUCAAUGGAUGGUGGUACUGUAAAAUGCUGGAUAGUGAGCCGACAUGGGAGGGCUGGGCCCCUUCCAAUUAUUUAGUCAAAAAAUAAGUAUCUUGGUAUAGUUUUGUUUCUAAACACUGCAAGAUGCUUUUCAUAUGUAAUAUUUAAUUAGAUUAAUAAUUUAUAGGUUUAAGCUUUCCAAAAGCAACUUAAUACAUUCCUUAUAUAUUAUUUUCAACACAAGUUGGAACAACAUAGUGUUUAUGGUUACAAAGAUUUGUGAUUAUUACAUUUACUCAUUUUUAUAUAACAUUGAAUUAUUUAGUCAUGAUUGCUUUACCAGUCAUCAGAAAACCAAAUAGUUUCCUGCUGGUAACCUGGUGCCGGCUAGUAUUUGGGAAACACACUUUAGUAAUAUGCCAAAGUGUUUUAAAUCUUAACCAGAACACUGACUAUAAGGAUACUAAUCAUCCCAAAUACAAGUCCAGUUACAAUUAUCUCACAACAUGUAAUGGUUACAGAAAUAACCUAGCAAGCUAUUGCGCUGUGCAAAUGGUUGUUGAGAGAGAAAAAUAUCGUCAUUACCAAGAACUAAGGAAAUAAACUUGCUCAGUAUACAAAACUUGCACAUGAUGUAAUAUUAGGGGUUUUCUGACAAACAAGGAAUUGAAAAUGUGUUCAUUUAUUCCAAACAGGGUUGGAUAAAUAACAAGUAGAAUUUUGAAUGCCUCUAUUUUAUCUAAAAAAGGUACUAAUUGCAGGUUUUUUAUAAUGCACAUCUUGUAUGAAUACACUCAGCCACAACACUGUUGUUCCUUCUUAAAAAUGAUAACUAAUCUGCAUCACUUUUUGUAUUCUAAUUAUUUUAUAUUGUAGUAAUGUUCCGAAGUAGAUUACGUAUUUUAAAACACCUUCAUUCAUUCAUAUAUCUUGCUUCAGAAGGCCAUAAAAGUUACAACUAUGUUUAAAAGGGAUGCAAUAGCUUAGCCACUGAUAUAAUGCACGUAAACGGUUUAACAUUCACUUAUACACACUGACAACAUGUAGUGUGUGCAAGUUGUAAAGCUUCCCUACAUAAAGACAGUACAUAUAUAUUUAUGUAACCUAUACAUAGUGAAAACUAUACAUACAGAGAUACUGGUGGUAUAUUUCAAAUAGUUUAGAGAACAAUGAGCUGUUAUGUGGAUGGCUGAUAUUUUCAUCCAAUCAGCUAUUUUGCAAGGUUCUGUAAUAAUCAGGGAGAUUGGAUUUUAAAUAAAAGCAGCUGGAUUUAUUAACAGCUUCAAACAUUGAAAUUCAUUGAAAAUCAGCGUACUGAGAAUAACUCAAAUUAAACAAAAAUACUUCUCUUUUCAGUUUUGUUACACAGAAUAUGCUUUUGACUAAUUCCUCAAAUGUAAACAACAUUGGGUCUUUCUUUAUAAGAGUAUACCUUAAACCCAUUAGUUGUAAUGUAGCAUCAAAUAUAUAUUGGGUUUAUUUACUUUAUGAGGACUUGACUGGUAUCAAGUUUAAGUCUCUUGCUUCAAGAGUCUAGAAUGUGAAAUUUGUUGUUAGAACUGUGUAUUAACAUAACUUGAUAAAAAUUAAAUAACAUUUCAAAGUAGCAGAUGUAGAAUACCUCACAUUUGAGCCUGGGUUCAUCAAACACUCGUGUCAAGCAACACCAAGAAAGAAUACUGAAAUAAACUCAAUGCAAAAUAGAGCUUACUUACAGUAUUCUUUCAACAUAAUCACUGUUUAUGCAGCACUGGAAAUUACAUUAGUCAGAUGCCCAUUCCUAUUCUUUAACUUUGUCUUGCCUUACAGUCAAUAUUUCUAAAGUACCUAGCAUACUGUCAUCAGGUAUUGUAGAAUAAAACAUUAAUUCAGGGUUUAUAGACAUGGAUGUGACUAGUAUACUUCAUACAUGCACUUCAUAACUACACUGGUUAGUAAAAGUUACCUUUGACACUGAAGGUAAUGUGUGCAUUGCCGAAUGUGACUGGAAUGGAAACUUGACCAAGGAAAUUUCCAUGAAUUUUUGAGUUUGCCCAUCAGGUGAUGAUGUAUCUGAAAUAAUAGAUUUUGAUAUUGACAAACCUGUAUUCAGUGCCAAAUUGUGUGUUUAUACAUAAAAUAUUGAGUUGCUAAAAUCUAAAAUCUCAGCUCCUAAAAAAAACAUUGUGUCAUGUCUACUCCUGAACCAUUAUAAACCUUAAUUGUGCAAGUGCUGGCAAAGAUUUGACUGUUAAUAGGUUUGACACCACAAUACCUCAUAUUUCUCACAAGCUAACACUUCCAUUGCUUGAGAUAUUUCUUCAGCUGCAUUGGUAUGCAGUGAUAGAAACAAAAUGCUGGAGCAACUCAGCGGGUCAGCCAGCAUCUCUGGAGAAAAAGGAUAGGUGAUGUUUUGGGUCAAGACCCUUCUUCAGACUAGGCUUUGCAGAAAUUAUGGAUGUGUGGUUUAAUAUUGCACAUCUUAGUAAAACAAAGAUGAGGUCACCUAUUAUUAUUUUACCCAUACCAGUUUUGAACACAGAUUAAACAACAUUAGGUCUUUUGUUACAAGAUAAAAUGUUCAGAAAUUGAUUGUUAUUGAUGACAGUGCCAUCCAUUACUGUCAUUAAAAAAAAUGCAGGCAAAAUGUACCUUUCAUGAAUAAUGCAGACAUUAUAGACUUUGCCGGAUCACUGCUGAGCUCUGAAAGCAGCAAGAGUAAUCCACAUUGCUAGAUCUGAGCUUGUAUGUAGGACAGCCAAAGUCCCUCACAUUAUGGUAAUUUAACCCCCGACUUGGUUCCAUCAAGUAAUUUCAUGUUACACAAAGAAUAAUCAAAAAUGGGAGCAUACUCUUGGAUAGUGGGUUAAAUGACAGGUGUUUAGUGCCAGAACAUAAUCCUAGUUAGACAUAUUUCCAAUCACUAUAUUUGAGAAUUUCCUGAACUGGAAGUCAAACUCCCAUCACCCAUAUACGCACAAGCAGAACAGAUACAUCCCAGCAGCUAGUCACUGAGACACUGCUCACACACUUGAAAGCAGUCUAUUCGCCACUAGCAUGCUAAUCCAAAAGAAAAAGAGAAUAGGAAGGAAUAGCAUUUUAUAGGUAAUAACCACUGCUCAGAUUAUCCACCAGAGCUCUAAUUUAACAUCUUGGUGUAAUUGUGAGUGAGGCACCCAGGAAAGUUUUUAAAAUGCCAAAAAAAGGCAAGUUGCUGGUCGAAAGUAGGACUGAAAGCAUUGGUAUCGGUGGAGAGCAGUUAAGUUGUGCAAAGAUGAUUGGAUCAGUUUGAUCUAAGGGUACUUCUAAAUGCCACAGGACACAUGAUUGAAACAUUAUUUUGUAAUCAAAAUGAAGAAUUUCAUUGUUUACACAAAUAUGCUUAAGUGCUCUGUAUGUAAGUGCAGCCUGUCUUUGUGAAAGUUAAUUUAAUAGCAGUGAAAUCCUGAUUAUUAAUUGAAAAAUCAAUGAUAUGGUGAUCAUUAUGUGACAGGUGAUUGAUAGAACAAGAGCUUAUUUGUUACUGACUAGUUAUAAAAGGGAUGUUGACCUUAUUGUAAUGUGUGCCAUUAUUGUGCUUGUACUGUAAUUCAGAUACAAUCACUAAAGAAACCAUUUUACAUUGACAGUUUUUCAUUUGUAUUUUAGAGAAGGGCUCUCAAAUUGCAACUGUUUUUGUUAUGAAGGUUUAUUUUGUAGAACAUUAAACGAAAACAGCUUUUGUUGUAAAGAUUUCUUGUACACUAUAUUUUUAGAAGACAUAAUCUAAAUGUUGUCACUUCAUUUGAAAGAGUUUCGCUGUUAAUAGAAUAUUGUUUAAAUAGGACCCUUACAUGUUCACAUCACCAUACUGUCCUGACUCCCACGCAUGCACAUUUACAAUGAGAAUAUCAUUGGAAAUCUGGAUUCAGUGCAGUGACAUCUCUCCACCAGCAGUGCGUCACGACUACAGUAUGGCAUAUGUAUAAAAUGCCCAACGGGUAGAUACCAAGGCUAUUCUGACAACACUUGCCAAACCUGCACCCUCUUCCAACCAAGACACAGUGGUUUCAUGGGAACAACCACCAGCAGCACAUUAUCCCGACUUGGAAACACACAACUGUUCCCUUACUUGUCACUGGGUCCAAAUCCUGGAACUUCCUCCACAAUGGCAUUAAUGGGAACAAAAAGAAUACAGCAAUGCAAGAAUGUCAUCACCUCAUCAAGGGGAAUUUGCAAAAGAUUAAUGAAUGUAGCCCUGCUACAGACACUCAGACUCCAAACAAAUGAACAAUAACAAACAAAUGAUGUCAGGGUGCCUUUGCUAUCCCUGCCGUGUUUCAUCGGCAGGAGGUCUCUAUUGGCUUUAUUAUGUGCAAAAUGAAUCCAGAUUGAUCAUUGGUCAAAAUAUCACCAUGAAACCAUCCUUUAAUACAGUUAGCCUCGGGCCUGAUGGCGGGUGAUAAACGUUUAUGGCUAUCCCAGCUGGUCUGGUACAUGGAUUUACAAAAGAACUGUGACAGGAGGUGGCUAUUUGGCUCAUCAUGUUGUAUGCUAAUUGAACUGGCGCAAUCCAAACUAAUCCUACAUUCCAACAUCAGUUCCAUAAACCUUGCUGGUUAUGGCUCUUCACUGAGUGAUUCAAUCACACUUUUAUUGCAGAAAUCAAAGGGAGAAAAUUGCUUAUAAAGACAAGGCAUUUUAAGAGGGAAAUGUUAAGAAGAGCAUUGAAGGAUCAUAAAAUCCUCCACAUUUUGGAAGAUCUGCACAUAAAGCAAGAUAAGGAAUGAUAAAAUUCAACAAUCAGAAUGCUAGAGGCCAAAAUAUAACAUUGUUAGUAUGAAGGUUUGGGUUCUCGAAAUCAGGACUCAAAGGAGAAAAGUAUUGGCAUGAUUCAACAAGUGGCAUUAACUACAAUUAAUGUAAUCCUAUAAAACUAACAACAUGACCAUGACAUUUCAAUAUGGACCAAUCAGCAUCCCCUGGGUUUGGAAAUUUCACAUUGCACAACAUUAAAUAAUUCUGUAAAUUCAGUUUUUUUUUCUGUAUAUAAAAAUAAAUCAGAUUGGGCCCUCUG